CCUAUUUUGGCUUUUACCAUGUCUUCUAUCGUUCCUGAAUUUGAGGCUGCCAAUGCGCAGUAUGCUGCUGCUUUUGACAAGGGAGACCUGGCUCUCCCGCCCUCUCGGCACGUUGCAGUUGUCGCAUGCAUGGAUGCACGACUUGAUCCUGCCCAGGUCCUCGGCAUCGAGUUAGGAUCUGCUCAUGUGAUCCGCAAUGCAGGCGGUCGUGCAACCGACGCUCUGCGAUCAGUCAUCAUCUCUCAACAGCUUCUUGGAACUCGAGAGAUUAUCAUUGUCCAUCAUACCGACUGUGGCAUGCUCACCUUUUCCGAUCUCGACAUCAAGGCCAAGGUCCGAAAAGACCUGAACGAGGAUGUCGAUCACAUUGCGUUCCUGCCAUUUGGCGAUCUCAAGCAAAGUGUUCGAGACGACAUUGCUUUCUUCAAGAAGAGCCCGCUGGUGUUGGACGUCCCCAUCACUGGCUACAUCUAUGAUGUCAAGACUGGCAAGAUUGAGAAGGUUGACGCCUAAUGAUUCAUGAUUUUGUCGGUUUAUUGUUCCUAGCGAGUUGCAAGCUGUUUUCUUGGCGGCAAUGGAAAUGUUUCGGAUAGUGAGCCCUUCUGUUAUUGUCGCUGUUGGUGGCUGAACCGCCAAGGCUCACAUCGCAUGACAAUUUCUUUAUUCUGUCUAUUUGAUACCUCGAUCGAAUUAAAUAUUGAGCUGCCUUUGCAA